AUGCACAGAUAAGCGCACAAUUGGCACGGAGACCAUCAAUUAGCCGUAACUAGUAGCUAUUUGUGGGCUUAACCAUUUGUUAAAGGCAGUCAGUCGAGCAGAGAACAUGGCCAGGACCACAGGGGAUCCGGCUAAGCGGCGGAGGUUCAUUGCUCGCAUCAAAUUCUGGAGAAGAUCACGCGUGGGCAGCGAUGUCACCCUGGGCAUUCUCAAGUACAAAGUGGUUUCUAAGCCAAGCAAACGUUUUCAAUUUGCAAAGGUAAAAGCUUUUCUGCGACGCAUCAAAAAAUCAGAAGACUACAAGUAUAGCGGAUCUUUCCAAGAAGCUAUCAAGCCAGUCCUCAUCAUUGCCCAGAUCUUUGCCUUGAUGCCAGUUAGGGGCGUCAGCUCCAAGUUCGCCGAGGAUCUGGCCUUUGCCUGGUCCAGUGCCCGCACCUACUAUGCCCUGGUCACUAUCCUGUGCUUUGGAGUAGUCUCCGGCUAUCUGGUGGCCUUUGUGACCAAUGUGACUUUCAAUUUUGAUUCGGUGGAGACUCUGAUCUUCUACUUAUCCAUAUUCUUAAUUUCUUUGGCGUUUCUACAAUUGGCCAGGAAAUGGCCAGCCAUUGCCCAGGAAUGGCAGCUUGUGGAGGCCAAGUUACCACCUCUAAAGUCUGGCAAGGAUCGCAGAUCCCUGUCGCAGCAGAUAAAGUGGAUUACAAUUGUGGCCACCACUUGCUCGCUGGUGGAACACAUGAUGAGCAUGCUGAGCAUGAGCUACUAUGUCAACUCUUGUCCCAAGAUACCGGGACAUCCCCUGGACAGUUUUUUGUACUUGACCUUCUCCUCGGUGUUCUACUUUGUGGACUACACCCACUUCCUAGGACUGCUGGGAAAAGUUAUCAAUAUUUUGAGCACUUUUGCAUGGAAUUUUAAUGACAUCUUCGUGAUGGCCGUCAGUGUGGCUCUGGCUGCACGUUUCCGUCAACUAAAUGAUUACAUGAUGCGAGAGGCGAGAUUGCCCACCACUGUGGACCACUGGAUGCAGUGUCGGGUCAAUUUCCGCAAUCUUUGCAAACUCUGCGAGGUGGUGGACGAUUCCAUAUCUACCAUUACCAUGCUGUGCUUUACCAAUAAUUUGUAUUUCAUUUGCGGAAAAAUCUUGAAGAGCAUGCAGACAAAACCUUCGGUUUCACAUACCCUGUAUUUCUGGUUCUCCCUGGCUUAUCUACUCGGUCGCACUCUCAUCCUGUCCUUGUAUAGCUCCAGCAUCAAUGAUGAGUCCAAGCGACCUCUGCUCAUCUUUCGUCUGGUGCCGCGUGAAUAUUGGUGUGAUGAGCUCAAGCGGUUCUCGGAGGAAGUCUACUUGGACAACGUGGCUUUGACUGGCUUGAAAUUCUUUCGUCUGACCCGCGGUGUUGUCAUUUCGGUGGCUGGCACAAUUGUGACCUACGAACUGAUUUUGCUGCAAUUCAACGGCGGGGAAAAGGUGCUCGGCUGCUUUGACGGCUAAACUUUUUCGGGGGAG